CCGCCAUGUCCUCCAUCACCCAGCGCAUCCAAAACUUGACCGGCACCUCGCCGAAGGCCAGGGCACUUGCCCAGAAUGACGACGACAUCGUCAUCGUCGCGGCAGUCCGUUCAGCUAUUACGAAGGCGAAGAAGGGCGGCUUCAAGGACACGCGCCCCGAAGAGAUCCUCUCCGGCAUCCUGCGCGCCGUCUACACCAAGGCAGGCAUCAACCCCGCGCUCAUCGGCGACAUCUCCGUCGGCAACGUCCUCCCCGCGGGCGGAGGCGCGAGCGCCGCGCGCAUGGCCGCCCUCGCGUCCGGCAUCCCCAACACCGUCCCCAUCAGCACCGUGAACCGCCAGUGCGCGUCCGGCCUCCAGGCCGUGAACAACAUCGCGAACCAGAUCGCCUCCGGGCAGAUCGACAUCGGCAUUGGUGCUGGUGUGGAGUCGAUGACCUUCGGGUACGGCGGCGGUGCGAUGCCCGACGGCUUCUCGGACGUCGUGCUCUCGUGCAAGGAGGCGGAGGACUGCCUGCUGCCGAUGGGCCUGACCUCGGAGAACGUCGCGUCCGACUACGGCAUCUCGCGCGCGGUGCAGGACGCGUUCGCGGCGAAGUCGUUCCAGAAGGCGGCGGCCGCGCAGAAGGCGGGCAAGUUCAAGGACGAGAUCGUGCCGCUCAAGGUGAAGUGGGUUGACCCGAAGACGGAGGAGGAGAAGGAGGUCGUGGUCGCGAACGACGACGGCGUGCGGGACGGCGUCACGGCUGAGUCGCUGGGCAAGCUUAAGCCCGCGUUCAAGAAGGACGGCGCGACACACGCAGGUAACGCGUCUCAGGUCUCCGAUGGCGCCGCCGCAGUGCUCCUCGCGCGCCGCUCCGCCGCGAAGAAGCUUGGGCUGCCGAUCGUGGGCAAGUUCGUGUCCGCGGCGUACGUCGGCGUGCCGCCGCGCAUCAUGGGCGUUGGCCCCGCGUUCGCCAUUCCCAAGGUGCUCGAGACGACCGGCCUGAGCCUGGACGACAUCGACUUCUUCGAGAUCAACGAGGCGUUCGCGAGCCAGGCGGUGUACUCGGUCGAGAAGCUCGGGAUCCCCGCGGAGAAGGUGAACGUGAACGGCGGCGCGAUCGCCAUUGGGCACCCGCUCGGCUGCACGGGCUCGCGGCAGGUCGCGACUGGGCUGAACAUCGCGAAGCAGACGGGCACGAAGAUCUUCAUCACGAGCAUGUGCAUCGGGUCGGGCAUGGGCAUGGCGGCGGUGUUCGUCAGCGAGCAGUAGUGGUGUCGCCAGCUUUGGAUAUUUAUCCCGCAUGUGGAGGUGUACCGCACUUGACUCGCGGAUUAUCUGGUACCGCAUGUAUCCCUAAUCCAUAUUCUUAUCACUCUUAGUCCUGCGUUGAGUGUGAUGCAAUCUGCG